AUGUCUGUCAAAAGAGAGCCAGUCGAUAUUCCUGCCUUUGCAACCACCCAAAUCGCUCUUCUUGAACAAGAACUUCAGACAGAGAUCAACGAGACAAGCACACUCAUCUCCAACCACAGCCCCACAGCCCUUCAACGAGCUGGCCUUGCUCUGACAAACCUCGUUGUCUCGGGCCAGCGUACGGGUCUUGGGGGCCGAACAGUUCUUGAGCUCUCUCCGGAUGCCGCCACGGGCUCACCUGACGAGCUACCUGAGCAUGGCUUGCGCACUGGAGACAUUGUUCUUGUCGCUGAGCAGCCGGCGGGAAGCGCCAAAAAGCGUGAAGUAAAGGAUUUGGAGAAGAAGGGAGCGAGAGGUGUUGUCACCAGAGUGAGCAGAGGAUGGAUUGCUGUUGCGAUCGAUGAGGGGAAGGAAGAAGUUGGCUUCUCGGGCAGAGUAUGGGCUGUCAAAUUGGCAGACGAAGUGACAUACAAGAGAGUUCUCUUCGGCUUAUCCAGCCCAUCACCAGUUUCUGAAGACUUAUCUAAAGAUGAAACCGUGUGCAAUCUCGAGUGGUUUGAUCCAACGCUCAACGACUCUCAAAAGAAUGCAAUUCGGUUUGCUUUGCUGUCUCGAGAAGUCGCAUUGAUUCAUGGGCCCCCGGGAACUGGCAAAACUCAUACUCUAAUCGAGCUGAUUCUCCAGAUGAUCAAACUGGGUCAAAGAAUUCUUGUCUGCGGGCCCUCCAACAUUUCUGUUGACAACAUCGUCGAGCGACUAGCUCCUCACAAGAUCCCGAUCCUUCGUCUGGGUCAUCCCGCUCGUCUGCUGCCUUCCGUGGUUGACCACUCGCUCGACGUACUCACGCAAACAUCAGAAGCGGGUGCUAUUGUGAAAGAUAUCAGGACAGAAAUGGACACCAAGCAGGCCUCGAUCAAGAAGACGAAAAGCGGCAAGGAGCGCAAAGCGAUCUACACUGACCUCAAAGAACUGAGAAAAGAGUUUCGUGAACGAGAACGUCGCUGUGUCAGCACACUAAUUGGCGGCAGCAAGGUCGUUCUUGCAACACUGCAUGGGGCAGGAGGCUAUCAGUUGCGGAACGAUGAGUUUGAUGUUGUUAUCAUCGACGAGGCCAGCCAAGCCCUUGAAGCCCAGUGUUGGGUCCCUCUCGUAUCUGCUAAGAAGGUUGUCUGUGCUGGUGACCAUCUGCAGCUCCCGCCAACCAUCAAGUCAAGCAAUGCAAAGGUCAAGGCGCCAGUCAAAGAUGGCGCAAAGGUCACAAAGGGCACCACGCUUGAGACCACCUUGUUUGACAGACUGCUGGCAUUGCAUGGGCCCUCCAUCAAACGCAUGCUAACCACACAGUAUCGAAUGCACGAGAGUAUCAUGCGGUUCCCUUCUGAUGAAUUAUACGACUCCAAGUUGAUCGCUGCUGAUGCGGUGAAACAUCGCCUCCUGAAAGACCUUGAAUAUGAGGUCCAGGACAAUGAGGACACCAAUGAACCUGUCAUCUUCAUAGAUACACAGGGAGCUGACUUUCCCGAAAAGAACGAGGAAGACGAAAAGGAGACUCCUAGAAAGGGCAGAGCAGGUUUGCAUGGUGACAGUAAGAGCAACGAGAUGGAGGCUGCUCUUGUGCAACAGCACGUGAGGCAGCUCGUGGGUGCCGGGGUCCGCCCAGAAGAUAUAGCUGUCGUGACACCUUACAAUGCCCAGCUCGCCAUACUAGCUCCGCUGAAAGACAAAUUCCCGGGCCUUGAGCUCGGUAGUGUUGACGGCUUUCAAGGUCGCGAAAAAGAGGCCGUAAUCGUGAGCCUUGUUCGGAGCAACUCUGAGGGCGAGGUUGGAUUCCUCGGCGAGAAGCGCCGUCUCAACGUCGCAAUGACACGCCCGAAGCGUUCUUUGACGGUUAUCGGAGACUCGGAGACAGUUCAGAGGGGAAGCAGCUUCUUGAAGAAAUGGAUGCAGUAUCUCGAAGACAAGGCCGACCUGCGAUACCCAGAUGCAUCUAGCUUGACGCACGACUAA